GAAGACUUGUCGGGAGCGAGGUGCUCCCUUCAGUUUCUCUCGUUGUUUUCAUUAUUCAUGGAUUAAUUACUUCGCCGCUGACGUCUUUUUACGGUCAACUGAAGGCCUCUGUCCCACACAGCCCAGAGGUGGUAAUGGACUUAUGUUGGUUUAGCUGGGAUUAUGUGAGGGACUACUAGCGCCCCCGGUGAUGAGUGACCCUAACUCCCCUAUGUCGCCCAGAAAGGGCAAGGUCGUUAAUUUGCGGGUGCAUUUUCUCGACAGUACGCUGUACACCUUCCAGAUUCCUAUCAAGGCAACUGGACAGGCAUUGUGGGAUGCGGUGUGCAAACACAUACAACUGGUGGAGGCAGAUUAUUUUGAUCUGGCCUUCACAGACGAGGAGGGCUUGCAGUGCUGGAUAGACCGUGAUAAGCCAAUCCUAAAGCAGAUACCUUCAUCAGAAACUCCAUUACAAUUCCUCGUGAAGUUUUACACGCCGGAUCCAGCACUACUCGAGGAUGAAUAUACGAGAUAUCUCUUUGCCCUCCAGAUCAAGCAUGACCUAGCGUCGGGUUUGAUGACCUGUAGUGAAAACACUGCUGCCUUACUCGCCUCCUACAUUGCUCAGGCUGAUAUUGGGGAUUUUCUGGAGGAGGAUUAUGUGGACCAUACUUACUUGUCAAAUUUUAAAUAUGUGCCAAAUCAAAAUGAGGAGUUGGAGAAAAAAAUCAUGGAUUAUCAUAAAGCCCAUAUAGGUCAGUCACCUGCGGAGGCAGACAUAAACAUGCUGGACACGGCGCGCAAGGUGGAACUCUAUGGCAUUAGGAUGCACUUGGCAAAGGACCAUGAGGGUGUUCCGCUCAACUUGGCCGUGGCACACAUGGGCGUUCUAGUUUUCCAGUCACACACCAAAAUCAACACCUUCUCUUGGGCCAUUAUUAGGAAACUUAGUUUUAAAAGGAAAAAGUUCCUCAUCAAGCUUCAUCCAGAUAGUUAUGGGUAUUAUAAGGAUACGGUAGAAUUUUACUUUCCAAGCAGAAACGAAUGCAAAGUCUUCUGGAAGAAGUGUUUGGAGCACCACGCUUUUUUCCGUUGUCACACUGUCAAAAAACUUCCUCGAAACAAAACUAGAGUAGUCAGUAGAGGAUCGUCAUUUAGAUAUAGCGGUAAAACGCAGAAACAACUUAUGGAAUACGUCAGAGAAAACUACGUCAAAAGAUCGCAGUUUGAAAGUCAAGUUUCCACUCCACGAUCACCAUCAGCGAGUGGGAGAGUGUCGUGUCGCAGCACAAGUGUCACACCAAAGAUCCCCGCCAAGACGAGCACUCUGAACUCCUCCGAUCUUCAGAACAGCACAGCGUCCAGCGGCUCGCACAUCCUGGACACCACUCCUGACACCCCACUGACCUCCACCAGGGUGGAGACGGCCGAGGUUCACAGUGACAGCUCCAUGUCGGGCAGCCGAUCUCUAGGGUCGCCCAAGCUGGACUCCAGUCGCAAGACAGAGAGCGGCGCCGAGGAUAGAGUGGCCGCCACGCCAGACAGCGGGGACAAUUUAGAGGCGGACCUGGAAUCCCGGGAACAGCCAGCCAAAAGAGAAUCGCCGGCAGAUAUACGACAUGUUGGCACGUCUUCUGGAGGAUUCAAAAUGUCCGACCGUAAGUUUUCCGCACCCGUUCUGGGAACAACGGCCGCUCAAGCCCAGGCGUUUGAGCAGCACAUAGCCCGCUGUGAUGAAGUAGAAAAUAUUCCAGAAGUUGUGGAAGACACAGAAGAAAUCCUACCUCCCCCUAUGCACAGGAAGAUGCGGAAUCAUAGUACAGGAAAUGCCUCAUUGUCACCUACGAGGGAGUCUGAUGAUGAUCUGCCACCCCCACCACCCCCGCCCCCAAUCUGUGACGAGGACUUACCCGGCACACCUGUAGAUUCACCCUACCUGUCGUACCUGGGCCGCAGUGUGGCAAGUAACAAGACCCCUUCCAGUAACAUGUCCACAAAGACGGAGGACUCUGAGGAUGAUCCUAAGCGCAAACUUAAGCGCACACCAAUGGACAGGUCGUAUUUCAUUGCCAAGGAAUUGCUGAUGACAGAGAGAACGUACAAAAAAGACAUGGAGGUGCUAACAGUGCAUUUCCGGCAUGCCGUCACCGGGGACGACCUGAUGCCGCGGUAUUUGGCUCACUUGUUGUUUUCUCUCACGGAGCCAAUCUACGAAUACCACUGUAACCUGCUGAAAGACAUUGACGCCAGGGUAUCCAUGUGGGAAGGAAAAUCCAAUGCUCAUUUAAAUGGUGAUUGUCAAAGGAUUGGAGACAUUCUCCUCAAAUUCACACAAAAUCUGGAGAUGUACAGAAGUUACCUCUACCGUCAAGAGGAGGUUAUCACCGAAUUAGAUCAGGCGUGUAAGAAGAGCAAAAAAUUUGAGGCGGCAUAUAAAAAGUUUGAGGGGCAGAAAGUUUGUUACCUCCCUUUGAACACGUUCCUGUUGAAACCUGGACAGCGGUUGCUACAUUACAAGCUUUUGUUGGAACGCCUUGUGAAACAUUACCAGUCGGAUCAUGUGGAUGUCCAGGACAGCAGAGCUGCUCUCGCCAAACUGAUGGAAGUCACAUCAGCCUUCAGUGAAUCCAUGCGAAAAGUGGAUAAUUUACAAAAAUUGGUGGAGCUGCAGCGAGAUUUGGUUGGCAUUGAUUCCAUUGUUUCUAUUGGCAGGGAGUUUCUGAGGGAAGGAUGUUUACAAAAAUUCUCUAAAAAAGGUUAUCAACAGAGAAUGUUUUUCUUGUUCUCUGACAUGCUAGUCUAUACAAGUCGGACGGCCACUCCUCUGCUACAGUUCAAAGUUCAUGGCCAGCUCCCGCUAAGAGGCAUGAUUGUGGACGAGACAGACAAUUUCAAAAUGGCUGUUGAAAAUAGUUUUACAAUUUAUGGUGGGAACAGAUGUUUACUUGUGGCUGCCAGUACCCCUGAGGAGAAGGAUAAAUGGAUUGAAGAUCUGAAUGAGGCCGUUCAGAUCGCCAAAUCCAAGUCAGAUGACAAGCUACAGUACGCCAGUCUCAAGUCCAGUGCCAGUCAAGGCUCGUCGGAGAAUGUAGACGGGAUAGACGGUCAUGAGGAGAGCAACCACUCACCCUCCACACCGGAGAAGCAGAUCCAGCAUCGGGCCAACACCACUAUGCAUGUUUGCUGGCACCGCAACACCAGCGUCAGCAUGAGGGAUCACGAACGCGCCAUCAAGAACCAGCUGAGUGGAUACUUGUUAAGGAAGUUCAAAAAUAGCAAUGGCUGGCAGAAGCUCUGGGUUGUUUUUACGAAUUUUUGUCUGUUCUUCUACAAAACAUACCAGGAUGACUAUCCAUUGGCCAGUCUACCACUGCUGGGUUACGCCGUCAGCACGCCUGACGAUGAAGAUGGCAUCCACAAAGACAACGUGUACAAGUUACAGUUUAAAAAUCAUGUCUAUUUCUUCAGAGCCGAUAGUCAGUACACCUUUGAGAGGUGGGUAGAAGUGAUCAACAGUGCUACGAGUAGUGCACGACGUUUACGAUUGUUCAGUCGGCUAGAAAGUGAGCACCAUCAGGCGUGAAGUUGCCAUGGAAACAUUCAUUAUAGAGUCAUGUUAUCUACCUGCGAUAAGUCAAAGCAAUAAGACACCUGUGUGGAGGAACGGAGCGACAGGGGGACA